CAUUCUGCACUUGGUGCCAGAACUCUCAAUCCUCCACCGAGAGAAAAUGUCCAUCCAAGUUGAACAUCCUGCUGGUGGUUACAAGAAACUGUUCGAAACUGUGGAGGAACUGUCCUCACCGCUCACAGCUCAUGUUACAGGCAGGAUCCCCCUCUGGCUCACUGGCAGUCUCCUUCGAUGUGGGCCAGGACUCUUUGAAGUUGGAUCUGAACCAUUUUACCACCUGUUUGAUGGGCAAGCCCUCCUGCACAAGUUUGACUUUAAAGAAGGACAUGUCACAUAUCAUAGAAGGUUCAUCCGCACUGAUGCUUACGUCCGGGCAAUGACUGAGAAAAGAAUCGUCAUAACGGAAUUUGGCACCUGUGCUUUCCCAGAUCCCUGCAAGAAUAUAUUUUCCAGGUUUUUUUCUUACUUUCGAGGAGUGGAGGUCACUGACAAUGCCCUUGUUAACGUCUACCCAGUAGGGGAAGAUUACUAUGCCUGCACAGAGACCAACUUCAUUACAAAGAUUAAUCCCGAGACCUUGGAGACAAUUAAGCAGGUUGAUCUUUGCAACUAUGUCUCUGUCAAUGGAGCCACUGCUCACCCCCAUAUUGAAAGUGAUGGAACUGUUUACAACAUUGGUAAUUGCUUUGGGAAAAAUUUUUCAAUUGCCUACAAUAUUGUAAAGAUCCCUCCACUACAAGCAGACAAGGAAGAUCCAAUAAGCAAGUCAGAGGUCGUUGUACAAUUCCCCUGCAGUGACCGAUUCAAGCCAUCUUACGUCCAUAGUUUUGGUUUGACUCCCAACUAUAUUGUUUUUGUGGAGACGCCAGUCAAAAUUAACCUAUUCAAGUUCCUUUCUUCAUGGAGUCUUUGGGGAGCCAACUACAUGGAUUGUUUUGAGUCCAAUGAAACCAUGGGGGUUUGGCUUCAUAUCGCUGACAAAAAAAGAAGAAAGUAUCUCAAUAAUAAAUACAGGACCUCUUCUUUUAAUCUCUUCCAUCACAUCAAUACUUAUGAAGACAAUGAGUUUCUGAUUGUGGAUCUCUGUUGCUGGAAAGGAUUUGAAUUUGUUUAUAAUUACUUAUAUUUAGCCAAUUUACGUGAGAACUGGGAAGAGGUGAAAAAAAAUGCCAGAAAGGCUCCCCAGCCUGAAGUGAGGAGAUACGUGCUUCCUCUGAAUAUUGACAAGGCUGACACAGGCAAGAACUUAGUCACCCUCCCCAACACAACUGCCACUGCAAUUCUGUGCAGUGACGAGACCAUCUGGCUGGAGCCUGAGGUUCUCUUUUCAGGGCCUCGCCAAGCAUUCGAGUUUCCUCAAAUCAAUUAUCAGAAGUAUGGUGGGAAACCUUACACGUACGCCUAUGGACUUGGCUUGAAUCAUUUUGUUCCAGACAGGCUCUGUAAGCUGAAUGUUAAAACUAAAGAAACAUGGGUAUGGCAAGAGCCUGAUUCAUAUCCAUCAGAACCCAUCUUUGUUUCUCACCCAGAUGCCUUGGAGGAAGAUGAUGGUGUAGUUCUGAGCGUGGUGGUGAGCCCUGGGGCAGGACAAAAGCCUGCUUAUCUUCUGAUUCUGAAUGCCAAGGACUUGAGUGAAGUUGCCAGGGCUGAAGUGGAGAUUAACAUCCCUGUCACCUUUCAUGGACUGUUCAAAAAAUCCUGAGCACAUUCUAGCACAUUAUAUUUCUAUUGACAAAACCAAGAAAAACAGUCAGGUCUGCAAUCAAAUUCUGUUCAAUUUUAGCCUGCUGUAUUACAUGGUUUUAACUUGCAGAUGCACACAAUUUUGCAAUAUUUUACAGAAAGCACAGAGUUGAGCAAGCAAUUACUUUAAAAAAAAGCAGCAUAUAUUUAGAUAAUCAUACUUUCUCUGUGAGACAGGCAGACCAUAACUAAAAACUCUUUAUAUAUUUAGCAAUCAAAUAGAAAAUGAAUGUGGAUUUAUUAAGCUUCUUUGUUCCUAUUGUAAAAGUAUAUUUUAGGUACCCAUCUUCUCCAGUUAUUUUUUAACAUUUAAAAGCCAAAGUUCUCUACACCUGAUUUGUAUGUGGCUUCGUUGAGGCAAGGCAGUAUCAUGCAAAAAGGCUUAAUUACUAAAUGUCAGACCAAACUUUUUCACAAACCAAGGACUAUCAUCUAAGAGUAAUCCUAGUAAUAAGUACGUGUGUAUGUAUAUACUGUUCCAAGAUUCUCAAGCUUUAUGAACUCUAACAUUUCCAUUUAAUAUAGGCAAUUACUGAUUGUUUCUGAUUUUACAAUAAGAAAGCCUAUCUCUAAUUAACUGACAGCUCUAACCAAAUAACAUCACAGAGACUAAGUUAUCUAUUAAAAGCUUAUAUAACAUCAAAGCAAUUACAUAUAGUAGUGACUAUAAUUUUUGAAAUACUUACAAAUAUAAUUUCUACUUAAAAUCAGAGUAUAAGAUAAUGUCAGGACGUUAUACUAUGUUGCCUCAUGUUUAAUUAUAUUUAAGCACUGUGCAAUCAGCUGACCUAAGCAAAAGACAAAGAGAGAGAAAAAGAGAUAAUAUUAAAAUUAACAUUCAGAUAUUAAUACAUUUAAGUACUUUUAUUUUUAAAAUUAUUCUCUUAUUGCUACAUGUUGCAAAAAAUGGAGAUUGACAAAAAUUAUAUUAUAUAUCUUAAUCCUGGUAUGUAUUUUAUGCUAAGAAGUUUUACAUAUCAUUGUAC